GGAAAAGUAUAUGCGGAGAAGCAAUGUAGUAGAGAAUUUUGGUUGUUGUUUAGGGUGUUUUGUGCCGCAGGAAUUAUGUAAUGGCUGGGAAGAGAACCGGGCGGAGGGUGGUUGGAAAAGUGUUGCGAAUGGCAAGUGCCAGUAUGAGGGGGUCAUGAUAUCCAUUAUUGCCUGGGUAUGGAUACAGUUACCAAGAGAGAGCGAAGGGCUAUAUAGUCGGCAUGGGUUUUCCUAUAGGGAUGAGUGGACGGAUAAGGAAAGAAAGGAACAGGUUUGGAGAUGGAUGGGUAGAAGGGUAAUUUGGGGAGGUACAGAGGCGUUACAAAU